AUGGCUGACUUACAAGAACACCCAAACGCGACUGGCCUAGGUUGGGCGGAUGGGAUGGGCCAGGGUAUCGACACUCAACUAUAUACUAACUCCCACACGCGACUGGCCUCGGUUGGGCGGAUGGGACGGGCCUGGGACAACAACACGCCACACACAACACAAGCACCUAUACUCUACUGGCCUAGGUUGGGUUGGAUGGGACGGGCCUGGGAUAACAACACGCCACACACAACACAGCUCACCAACGUACCUGGCCCCACGGUUGGGUGGAUGGGACAGGCCUGGGAUAUAGAGUACAACACGCAACACAGUGCGACCACACUUCUGGCCCCAUGGUUGGGUGGAUGGGACGGGCCUGGGUCAUCAACACACAACUCGACAACACAACCCGGACUCAUCCGGGUCUGGCCUCAUGGUUGGGUGGAUGGGACGGGCCUGGAAGACCAUAUAUUGCGCGACAACAUCCCUGGCCCCAUGGUUGGGUGGUUGGGUUGGGCCUGGGACAACAGCACGCAACUCGACAACACAACACAGACUCAAAUGGGUCUGGCCUCAUGGUUCACCACUGCAGUGGACCAAGCUUCGGCUGGGUGGUUGGGACGGGCUUGGGAUACGCUAACUAACCUCAACAGCAUAGUUCACCACUGCAGUGAACCAGGCCUCGAUUGGGCGGUUGGGACGGGCCUGGGACAUGGAUUCAACACCUGCUGUACAAGCUCACCACCGCAGUGA